UCCUUCCUAUCCUCAUCGUCUCCACUACUCUAACUUAUCUGCUUCCAAUUGAGCAGCGCCUUUGCCCCAUCGCUAUCCAUCAAGGCGUCUCGCGUACCCAUCUACGCCUUGGCCCAUACUCUUUGCUAGCACUGCCCUGCCACGCAAGCAUAUAGCCUAACUCGUCGUCCAUCCUCAUCCUCUUCUCCGCCUGACCGCCAACAUGCCUGCGCAAUCACCCCCAUACCUGCAGCCCCUGCUACUAGCAGUGGGCGGCUUUGUAUCCUUGGUCCUCCUCUACUUUCUCUCCUACUACAUCCUCACCCUCGCCUUCGCAUCCCUGAUCAUCGGCUUGUCCAUCUCCAUCUCCGUCAUGAUGUCGCAGCCCUUUACCGGGGCGCUUGUCAGACUGAGAGCCAACUAUCUGCCCAAGGCUGUCUCACUCGACAAUGUGCUGGAAGACGGAGCUGGUGCUGGGAGUGGAGCAAACGGACCAGGAUUGUCAGCAAGCGAGGGCAACGAUGAUGGAGCUACGACGAGGAAGAUCAGCGCGUACUUCCUCAAGCAAGGGAAGCAUGGCGCCAAGAUUGGUCCCGUCGUCUCCGGCAUCCUUCCCAUGCUUCUUCGCACGAAGCGCCUCGAAGGCUGGCAGGGAGUCUACAAAGGCUCGAUUCCAGUGGGCUGCCAGCUCUUCCUCCUCGCCAUCGUCACCUCGACCCUCUUCGACGUCGAUGGCCACUCCACUGCCGGAGCGGGCGGAGGGUACAAGGCUGCGCCUACCGCUCCUGGGCACUUCGGCUUCUUCGGCAACCUGGCCUUUAUGACCUUCGUGGCGAUCGUCUCGCUGCCAUUGAAUGUGCUCACGUACAGGGCAAUCGUUCACCCCACCGUCCUCCCCUUCGGUGGCCCCUCGGCCCUGCGUCAUGCCCUGCAAUCCCUUCUGACCCCCUCCGAGCUCGCACGUCCCUGGACCCUCUACCUCAUCCCUGGUCUCCUCCCCGCAACAUUUAUUCACAUUGGCUGGGUCGGUCUCCUCACGCGCCUUCUUCGCCACCUGCUCGUUCCCUCCUUGGGCGGCCUAGCAGAAGCUGAACCCGCUUCACCGGAUCAGACUGACUACUCCGGCCCGAACAGCAGCAUGAAGGCCGUCGACCCGCUCGGGCUCGUGGUGUUCUUGGCUUGGUGUCUGUUCAGCGUUGUGGCCUUGAGCCCGAUGGAGGUGGUGACUAUUCGGCUUGCAACUCAGGGAGCCGGGGCGAUGCAGCAGGAGCAGGAGGGAAGGAGGGGCUACUCGUCGAGUGCAGGAGGUGCGACCUACUCGAGGCUUGCAACGCAAGAUGGGCCGGCUUCAUACAGCCAUCAAGCCUCGGUGGGUCGCAACGGUGGCGGAGGAAGCAAUGCAUUCAAAGAUGGACCGCCGGCGGACAAGCCCUUGCCCUCGGAGCCUGCACAAGCCAACGGCAACGGCGAGAACGCAGCGCAGGAAGCGCCCACACCGAGCCGACCUAGCUUUGCCAUUGAUGAGGAGGCAGCGGCGGAUGAGGAGGACGAUGACGACGCAGCGACAGCAAAGGACCCUCUGACAGGCGGGGCGAAUGGGGCAGAGGGAGUGAAGGCCAACGGCAGCUCAACCCCUCAGUCUUCAACACCACAGCAAACUCAGCCGCAGGCAUCGCGCCAACCCUUCGUGGACGGUGGCGAUCAGCCAUAUCCUCAGCCAGCACAAGCUCCCUACUCAUCAGCGCUUGAGCCACCUGAGCCGGUGAUCGCAUUGCGACCCGUCUCAACCUCCUCGUACUCACAGGCGGGACCGACAGGGGCAGCCGACACGGACGUCGUUCAACCCUACAACGGCUUCAGAGACUGCCUAGACAAGCUGGUCGACGAGGAAGGGGUAGAGGCCCUGUAUCGUGGCGCUUGGGUGACUGGACUGGGGGCAUUGCUCGGCGCGCUGACCUGAGUCAGAAGCGGAAAAGGAAAGAAAAGGGAGGACGUGGGAAGGAAGACGUGGCCUGCUCACGCUGACAUCGCGGCGAUUAUCAUACUGCAUUGCUUAUUCACAUCACCUUACCCGCCCGCCGGCUAGCUCUGAGUCCUCUCGAUCCAUCGAUCCCUUCUCUCCCUCCUCUCCAAAAACUCCCUCAAAGCUCCCCCAAUCUCAUACCCAGCCUCAAACUCCAUCUCAUGCAGCACCUGCUCCCAUCGCGCCUUUCUCUGUUCUCUGGCCACCCUCUUUCCCCUCCCCUCCUUCUUCUCCUGCCCUUCCACAGAUCGAACCACAUCCUGCUCCUCAUCCCUCAC